AUGAAACUGAUGCUGAAACCGACCGCGGGCAACCGGCUGCUCAAGGGCAUUGUGUUCGACAUGGACGGCACGCUGUGCGAGCCCCAGACGUGGAUGUUUGGCCAGAUGCGGGCCGCUCUGGGUAUCGACAAGUCGGUGGACAUUCUGGAUCACGUCCACUCGCUGCCCGAUCCCGAGCAGGAGGAGGCGCAGAUGAAGCUGCGAGCCAUUGAGACCAGAGCCAUGGUCGACAUGACCGCGCAACCCGGUCUGCUGCCGCUGAUGGACUACCUCAAGAAACACUCGGUCAAGAAGACCAUUUGCACCCGCAACUUUCCUGCUCCGGUCCAGCAUCUUCUGGAUGCGUUUCUGAGCGACCACGUGUUCGAGCCCAUUGUCACGCGCGAGUUCAAGCCUCCCAAACCCCACCCCCAGGGCAUCCUCAACAUUUGCAAGGAGUGGGGAGUGGAGCCUGGCAACGUCAUUAUGGUCGGAGACAGUGUCGACGACAUGGCUGCUGGCAAGAGCGCCGGCGCCACGACGAUUCUGCUACAGAGCGACGUCAAUGGCCAUUUGAACGCCGACCCUCGAACCGAUCUGGUCAUCAACAGACUGGACGAGAUUAUCGGGUUGGUUGAAGAAGGUAUUGAGCUGAAACAAUAG